CAGCCGGCGAUUCCCCACCACCACCCGCUGAUCUUCGAGUAUUACCAAUGGGGUCCCCUGUCAGCUCCUGCACACUGCUUUGAAUGGCUCUGCUGUGCAGAGCCAGUGUAUAGCACACACACUCACAUAGUAAAACAGCACACAGCACACAACUAACCUUUUGAUCACCCCACAUGUUAACCCCUUCCUGCAUAGUGCCAUUAGUACAGUGUCAGUGCUUUUUAUUAGCACUGAUCACUGUAUUGGUGUCACUGGGGUUAUCAGUGACACCAAGUCAGUUCCCCCCAGUGUCAGAAUGCCCACUGCAGUCCCACUAUAAGUCGCAG